AUGAGAGAGUUGAUGGGCAAACAAAUCAGCCAAGGUAAAAAGGGGGCUCUUGCACAGAAUAAGAAUGGAACAGGUCAGGCUAGGGAAUUGGAAAACAGCGUUUGUCUGAGCAUCGUGGGCGCAGUGGAUACGUUAGGUGGUAGCUGGCAGGCCUCACCAACCCUCGAGGAUGUGAGGAAAUUAACGUCGAACAUUCUAGGAUCUCUCGGGUUUGAGAGCGGAGGAUUUCAUGGAAGGGUUGUUCAACCAGUACGGGGUUCAAAAGUGAGCCAUUCUGGAAACAAGCUGCCUUCCGCAGAGAUUCUUGAACUUUGGAGAAACGCUGAUGCCGUGUGCUUUGAUGUCGAUAGCACCGUCUGCCUGGGUGAAGGUAUUGAUGAGCUCGCCGAUUUUUGCGGGGCUGGAAAGGCUGUAGCAGAAUGGACUGCUAGAGCAAUGGGGGGUUCUGUUCCUUUUGAGGAGGCCUUGGCUGCCAGACUAUCUCUGUUCAGUCCCUCUUUGUCUCAAGUUCAGGAUUGUCUUGAGCAAAGACCCCCCAGGCUUUCCCCUGGCAUUCAAGAGUUAGUUGAGAAGCUGAAGGCUAAUAAAAAACAUGUUUAUCUGAUUUCUGGGGGCUUCCGUCAAAUGAUCAAUCCUGUUGCAUCAAUACUCGGAAUUCAUCAAGAGAAUAUUUUUGCCAACCAACUGCUUUUCGGUAGCUCUGGAGAGUUUAUUGGGUUUGAUAAGAACGAGCCUACUUCAAGAAGUGGAGGAAAAGCUACUGCAGUGCAACAAAUCAGGAACGUUCAUGGCUACAAAACAUUAGCUAUGGUUGGAGACGGCGCAACUGAUCUUGAGGCUCGUAGACCAGGGGGUGCGGACUUGUUCAUUUGCUACGCGGGUGUUCAAUUCAGAGAACCUGUUGCUGCGAAAGCUGAUUGGCUCAUUUUUUAUUUUAAAGACAUCAUAAAUUCGUUGGGGUAGCUUUGUUCCUAUUUACUUUGGCUCCUUAUAGGCUUAAAAUAGCCUAUAUUCUUUUUUCUCUUUAAGAAAAAAAAAAAGGUUAUGUAAGAUACCCUUCUCUGUAUUUAAGAGAACUGGUGUUGAGUGUGAGAAAAUGAACAGACUUCUGUGUUUUCUUCUUCCUGAAGAAUCAAAUUGGUUUUUUUCGUUUUU